AUGCGAAAAGACGUGAAAAGACGUGAAAAGACGCGAAAAAAUGGCAGUCUAAUUGAUUAUACUCUGAGCGCUUCAAAUGCACUUGUCGACCGAUUGUCUCAACUCAUUGAAAGUCCACGUACAAACGAUCCUUCACUUGAAAAAUUUCUAGAUUUUAGAUUCCAAAAAGGUGUUCUAAAAGAUAAAAAAUCCGAGUAUCAGCAUUACAAAAGUGAAUUGGAUACGAUCAAAAGGUACUAUUCUGAAACGUCCGAGAUCGGGAAAAAAUUCUGUCGCCAACUACCCUGUCAAAUUGCGAUUGGCAGUGGGAAAAGACCGCGGUCAGUUGGCGAGCAUAGAAUAAGUUGUAUGUUAGUCACUUUUAGAGCUCCGUCAUCAACUACCCUGUCAAAUUGCGAUUGGCAGUGGGAAAAGACUGCGCUCGAUAAAAAAUCGCAAUUAUUAAUUUCUUUUUGGGAUUUACAAACGAAGAGACAAACCAUUCAUAUGGAAAGCAAGAUACAUGAAGAGAAAGCUCAGUUGCAACAAAACGAACUAGAAAACCAUAUUCGUCUCGAACGGGUUAGUCCAUUACAGACCCGACAGAUUCUGGAUGCAACGAAAGAUAUCCGAAAACAAGAUCAUUUACUGCGAGAAACAACUGCUAAUCUGAUCGAAAAAGAUCUGUUGUAUGAGUCACAUGCAGGACAAAAGCGAUCUUACGAGCCUCAAGAAACAAUUUUAGAUUUCGAAAACAAUCUGUUUUUAGACAAAGAAAACAAAGAUGAGAAGCGUGAAUUGCCAAAUUACUCCAUAUCUGAGUUUGAUGAUGCAUCUGGGGAUUCUAGCAAUGGAACUCUCAAUAAUGGUAAUGAAGAUAUUACAAAAGAAAAUCUUGAAAAUGAUGAGGACGGUUUCAUGAACGAUCUUGCAAAAUUAGAAUAUAAAACGAAGUUCCUUAAUAUACGUUCAGAUAAGAAGUGGAGGUUGCCUUCGGGCAAUUAUGUCGAAGAUAUCUUGUAUGAAUACGCGAAAGACUUGCCAUAUGAAAAUCAAUUACAUAGUUUCAUAAUCGACACCAGUAAUGAAACUAUAAUGGGCCUUUUCAAUGAUGUUGACUAUGAGCAUAUAAUUACAUACAAUACUUCCCCUGAACCCGAGCUAUCAAACGAAUUGAUUGAUUUUCUUAUGAGAUAUCGUAAAUUUGGGCCUAACGAAGUGCGAGAAGUGAUCAAUUCCGGCAUCAAUAUCUCUCCCUAUGAUUCCAAAAAACAUUUUAAUUUUCACUAUAUCCAUCAAGUUUUUUCGCAACUCCUUCCCAGAUACGAAUUGAGACCGAAAGACUUCACAAGAAGCCAUUUGGAAGGAUGGUUCACUAGCAAUAUUUGGAGUGUUAUGGUGGAUGCCUGCCUUAUUGAUCUUGAGUCAGUUGAAUUUAUUCGAGGUGAAGGCAGUUCUCGUGCUUCAAGUCUGCGAAAAAACUAUAUAAGAAAAUGUCCAAAGGUUAAAAAGAUUAUGGGACGUAAGUGUGAUGGGAUUGCUCGGGAUUUGGGAUCGCCAGAAGAAUUUGCAGUUAGCGAAGAGGGCCACACUUGGACCGGAGAAGACGGCACCAAGUAUUUAUCUGACGGGUCAUUAAAGAUGCCAAAAGUAAUGCGCGAUAUGCUAUUUCAAAAAGUAAAAAAGCAUGGCACUAAUGCUGUUUUAUUACAAGCUCAAUACCUUCAAAUACUUGUAAUGGAUAUUCCAUCAGGAUACAUGUGUCGGCUUCGUAGAUAUCCUUCUAGCAAGAUACCAACUGUUCUUUCUGAGAUUGAUGAUCUUAUUUCCAUGGUCUAUGAUGUGCUUAUUGCAAAGCUCCGAAUUACUCGAUGUUUGGACCAUUUAAGUAAUUCGAGUAAUGAAACUCCUAAUGAAGCUUUGAAGAAGCGCUUAAAGAAAAACGCUAUAAAUCUACGGCAAGAAAAUGAUGAUUAUGACUUUCCGAACUCACAGAAGACUCCCAAAAAAAGAAGGAUUGAACAGCCCCCAAAAAAAGGCUGA